GACUGCCUUGGGUUUGUGAGCGUUUUUUUUCUUCUUUCUGUUUCCCCACCAAUCUCUUCCAGUCUUCCCUCCUUCCCUUCUCUUAGCACAAUCAAAAGCCAGUGCGCGAAUUCUUCAAUUCUCGUCUUCCCAAAGCAUCCCCCAAUCCUAGGUUUUAGGGUUUUACCGCGCCAUGGAAAGGCACAGAGGAGACCGGUACGGCGGUGGCGGAGGCAACGGCUACCGGAACAACUACAACCAGGAUUCUCAAGACCAAGACGACACCUCCUACCACAGUCGCCGUCCCUCUCGUUUCUCCGACGGUCCUCCCUCUCGAUUCUCCGACGGCCCUCCUUCUCGCUUCUCCGACGGACCCCCGCCCGGGAAUCGUUUCUCCAAUAACGGCGCCAACGGUGAUGGCAACUUCAAUCGACGUAGUCCCAACAGCUAUCGCGGCGGCGGAGGCGGUGGGGGACGGCGUGGUUUCGAGAGCCCUCCGCGUCAUCCUCCUGGUGGCUUUGGCGGAGGCAGUGGUGGUGGAGAUGGAUUUCCGCCGGUAGGAGGCGGUGGUGGGCCUGGAGGAUAUGGUGGUGGUGGUGGUGGAGGUGGAGGCGGAGGGUUUGUUCCCAAUUACCAAGGUCCGCCUCCACCAUUGUCAGGGCACAAGAGGAGUCAUCCUAUGUCUGGUAGAGGAGGUUCUCCUAGGAGUGGUUCUGAUGGAGGUAGCUUUGCCAAACUUUUCGUGGGAUCUGUUCCAAGGACAGCUACUGAAGAGGAGAUUCGGCCUCUCUUUGAAAAAGAAGGGAAUGUCCUGGAGGUUGCCUUGAUCAAAGACAAGAGGACUGGACAGCAGCAAGGUUGCUGUUUUGUGAAAUAUGCGACAUCAGAAGAGGCUGAUAGGGCCAUAAGAGCUUUGCACAAUCAGCAUACUCUGACUGGAGGAGUGGGCCCAAUCCAAGUUAGAUAUGCUGAUGGAGAACGUGAGCGCCUAGGUGCAGUUGAGUACAAGUUGUUUGUUGGGUCACUAAACAAGCAGGCUAUAGAGAAGGAAGUUGAGGAAAUUUUUGCACCAUAUGGUCGGGUUGAAGAUGUUUAUCUCAUGCGCGAUGAAAUGAAGCAGAGCCGUGGAUGUGGAUUUGUUAAAUACGCUCAUAGAGAUAUGGCAAUGGCAGCUAUAAAUGCUCUUAAUGGAAUUUAUACCAUGAGAGGCUGCAAUCAACCUCUAACUGUUCGGUUUGCUGACCCAAAGAGGCCAAAGCCGGGAGAAUCCAGGUCUGGCGAUAAAGUGUUACCUUCAUAUAUACAGUGAAUUUUAACUCCAAUCCUUCCUUCCUCCCUACAUUUAAUUUCCAUAUCUUGUUAUAAUUGACAAAUACUGGAUUGUGGAAUUUUGGUAUUUGGAUUGGGAGGAAAGGAUAAACAUAUGAGCUCUAAUGAUUGGUGUUUCUUUUCGCCGAGUACUAUAUUUGGGGUAUUUUUAAACUAAUGCUGGAAAUUUUCAGUUUCCCAAGGGGUGGUGGUCCGGCUUUUGAAGCCCCGGGGUUUGGGUCUCGAUUUCAAGUGCCAAUGCCAAGACCUGAACAUAACUAUGGUGAACCAAUGGCUGAUCGUCCUCCACCUAAUCCCUGGAACCCAAUUAGUGCCCACAAUAUGGGGCCUAAUCCUAAUCCAGGUGUUCAUGCCCUUGGGAAUCAGUUACCUCCUAGGCCUGGCGACAUGCCAGGACCUUUCAAUCAGGGUGGCUUUGGUGGUCCUCCUCCCGAUGCUCCCUUUCAAGGAAGUUUUGGCUCUUCUACUGGACAGCCGAACUUUAACCAGCCAUUGCAGCAGCAAGGGCCACCGUCAGGCCAGCAAAUACCACCGCCAAUGCAGAAACCGCUUCAAUCUCCUCAGAAUUUGCAACCACCUUCAGUUCCAUCAAAUCACCCUCAUGCUGCAUCAUCUUACCCGCAUCCUGGUCAGCAGAACAUGCCACCUGUACCUGGUCAACCAUCGUACAGUCAACCAAUGCCAUCACAACAUGGUUUCCCAACUGUCUCUAUGGCUGCACCUCAAAAUCCUUUGACAAUUAAUCUGCAGUCUCAUCCGGGGACGACUGUGCCAAAUCAGCCGCAGCAGCAGUCUGGUCAACCUCAAUCGCUGCAGCAGUCUCCUUCCCCGUUAGCUCAGAUGUUGUCUCAGCAGAAGCAAACUCUGCAAGCGAGCUUUCAAUCUUCGCAGCAGGCAUUCUCCCAGUUGCAGCAGCAGGUGCAGAUGAUGCAGCCACAUCAGAGUUCCCAGGCUGGCAGACCUCAGUGGACCGGAAUGCCACCACAAAUGGGUGCUGCUAGUGCUCCAGCUUCUACACUCCCUACAGAUGUACCUUCAUCAAUUAAAUCUGCACCAGUAGCACAGACUACAGCUCUCCAGCAGCAGAGUAACUGGACGGAGCAUACCUCCCCUGAAGGAUUCAAGUACUAUUACAACAGUGUGACCGGGGAGAGCCGGUGGGAGAAGCCAGAGGAGUUGGCUUCUUCUGAACAACAAACAAAGCCUUCAGCUCAACCUCCUCAAGCUCAGCCGAAUCUUCAAGCUCCAACCAAUCCGCAAGCGUCGCAUGGACAGCAGAUGCAGUACCCUCCACAACAGUAUCGACACCAGCAGCAGCCUAUGCAACAACCUUCUUUUCCUUCAGGGGAGCAUGGCUAUGCACAAAUGCCAGCACCCAGUGGACCAGUUAACGAUCCGACAAGGCACCAGGCAGCUCAAGAUUGGAUGUGGAAGAACAAGCCAACAGGAACCUGAGCCAUUUCAACACAUUUCAUUGUCCAAGGAGGACAUGUCAAGGGCAGCAUUCGCGGCAACCAGGGCCGGUUCUAGUCCACAACCCUCAAUUUACAGAACUGACAAUCUGACUGCUCUCUCUCUCUCUCCGUCUCAUCCUCUCUACACUAAACUGGUUGGCUUAACAUCUUAAAUGCGUUAACCCUUAUCCUUUUCAAGCCGGAUUAUGUACCAUUAGCAUGCCCUCGCCGGCGCCGGCGCUUGUAAUAUUUACGUAGUCAUAUUGUACUGUAGCAUAGUCUCUUAGUCAAUAGUCACUAGUGUCCUGAACAAAAGUUCCCCCUUGUUAAGAUAGUUCGCGACCAAUUUUACCCGACGUAACAUGCAUAACACCCAAGGUUGAUUCUCCUGUCACGUACACUUGCUUUCAAUUGGGUUUAAAGCUCGGUCAAGCUACGGGCCGGGCCAGACCAGACCCAUGGGCUCCUUCAACUUACACACACAAACUAGACGCGUGCAUGCUUUCACUUAAAUGACAACCGAAAUCAAAUUACAGACACAUAAUGAAAACGAAAAUCCAAUUACCACCUUAAUUAAUCCACUCCCCUUCAGUUAACAAACCUACAGUUCCUCCUGAUCUCCCCCGUGUUACCGACAACUCCAACCAAGCUCCCCAUUCUCACCAUCGAAGCCUUGAAAUCCUCGAAGAACCUGUCCGAAUCCUCGACGUACGUCUCGACGAUCAUCCUCGUCUCCUGGUCUUGCCCCGCCAGCGCCUGGUCCGACGGCAGCAGCCCUUCCCCCGACAACAGGUUCGUGUAGUACUGGUUGUCGAACGUGAACGGCGUCCCCUUGUCCAGCUCCGCCACCGCCGCCGUGGUGGCCGUCGUAGAGAGGUCUGGCGAUGAGCACAGCUGCUGUAGGGACUGGACAAAAUCCAAAUUGAUGUCCGGACCGCCGCCAGCGCCGCCGGAGAUUCGUGAGCUGAACGAUGAGCACCUGGCUUUCCCGAUUGUGUGGGCCCCUGAAAGAGCGACGACGUCGUUUAGACUGAGCCCAACGUUCUGAAAAUUGGCAAGUAGAACCGCCACCGUGGAAUUCGGCCCCGGAAGGCUGGCCGUGGCCGCCGCUUUGCUCGCCGAUACGCCGUCCUUCCUCCCCAUCUGAACUUCCCAGCUGGGUCCCCCUGUCUGGAAAACAGAGUCGCGGGCAGCAAUGGCGAGAACGUCAGCGCAAGAGACGGUUUCAGGGCAAACCGAUUCCAGAUCCGAUUUGAUUGCAUCGAUCACUUCAAACCCUCUCAGCGAAUUCAAGUUCGGCGGCGCCGUCUUCUCCCCUUGAAACGUCGCCGUGUCGUCCAGCAAAACAGAGCCGUCGCACCCAUUGACGAAGCAGUCGUGGAAGUGAAGGCGGAGGAGAGAAGCGGCCAUUCUUGGGUCGACGGCAACGGCGGAUUGAACCCACGAGAAGACGAUGGAUUCGGCUUCAGGGCAGCUGUUCUGGUAGAGAUUGAACUGGAGUUGGAAGCUGAUGUCAGCUCCAAGGCACGUCUCGUUCAAGGUAGCAGCAGAAGUAGAAAUUCCCAGCUCCAGAGUAAUUAUGAUCAGGAAAGCAGCUACCCAGUUGGCCAUUUUUGUUUUUGUCUUCUGCUUGAUUGUGGUAAUUGAGAAACUUUGAGCUGCCAUUGGCGGUAUAUAUAGAUGAGG